GUUAAAACGUAGUUACCCAAUUCGUAUGCGCUUUUGAGGGCUGCCGCUGCAUGGUCAUAUUCCACCACCAAACCCGACGAAGAUGAAACCUACAAAUCUGCAUUUCUCCCUUACUAAAAAACACUCACAAAAACACAUCAAUCAGCAUCAAUGAAGUACUUCUCAACCAUCCUUGAGGCCCUGGCGCACCAUGCCAUGGAGACCCCCGACAAACUUCUGUGCACAUGGGUGGACAUCAAGUGCCGCGAGGAAAGACGGCUGACGUUCAAACAGCUCGAAGAUGAAUCCAAUGCUGUGGCAGCCCGCCUCCUCAAGCUGGGAUGCCAAAAGGGUGAUCGCGUGAUGGUUGCUUAUCCCUUUGGCCUUGAGUUCUUGGCCGGUAUGCUUGGUGCCAUGAAGAUCUCAGUUAUCCCUUGCUCCAUCUACCCUCCAAAUCCCAAUCAGCUUAAAACAGACAUGCCCAAGUUCCGUGGAUUUGCUGAGGAUGCUGGAGCGACAGUCGCUCUCAGCAAUGUCACAUUUGCUGCUGUCAUGAGAGACAAGACUGGUGUCAAGUGGGUUGGGACAGACAGACUGACAAUCAAGAAGCAGACACCGGGAAAGCCAAAAGAUUAUGAGAG